CUUUGCUACCGUGCAUCCCCCACCGUCGAGCACUGCAUAUACAUACAUACAUUGCCUCCCUUCUCGUCUUCUGGUCCUGUCUUCUGCUUCACGUUCUCCGGAUCACCGUCAGCAUGUGCACCCUCACUCAGACCCCGUUCUGUAAACGGUCCAACGUCAUGGACCUCGCGUGUAUGAUCUCCGACUACACCCCUCCAACGGCCUUGGAGGCCCCUUCCAAUUCCUACUUCUCCAUCGCCGUGCCCGCGCCAUCCUCCUACGUACGCUCCCCCCAGGCUCCUCUGUCUCCGCCGGUGGAAGACCAGCGCAAGUGUUCCCUCCCUUCUAUCUCCAGCCUGCUGGAGGCCGCCGAUGAUUUGCCUGCAGCCAAACGCCACAGACCAAACCGAGGCAGAUCCUCUCGAGGGCAUUCCCUGAGCCAAGACAUCAGCCCUCCUUCUCCUGCCCGCGUGCCCCCAACGCCACCACCACAGCGUGCGGACUCGCGCUUCCAUGACCGUCGCGAGAGCUACCCGCAUUCUCCCUCGGCAUCAGUGUCGCGGGGUUCAGUUUCGUCUACGACUACCUCCGCCUCUGCGCCGAGCCAUGAUCUAUAUGUCCAUCCACAUCACCAAUCCCGCAUUCUGUCCAGUCCGUCUUCUACAACCGCCCCCUCUGGACCCUCACCACCGUACGCAUCCCCCGCGCUGAGCACAGUUUCCUACACAUCCCCCGUCGACUCCUCCGCAUCCGGUUCCGUGUACUUCUACCAAGCCGCACAGCCAAAGCAGCCCCCCACCACCACCGCCACCGGCAUCCCACCACCACCGGCAGUGGUACCGGUGACAACACCGACCUGGCCCCAGCAACAGCAACAGCAACAGCAACAACAGCAACAGCAACAGCAGCAGCAGCAUCAUCAUUACUUCCCGCCUUCCACGGCGGCGCCUUACCAGCAGCCGCAGGACAGGUAUAUCUGCCGCGUCUGCAAUAAGGCGUUCUCGCGCCCGUCUAGCCUCCGCAUCCACUCGCAUAGCCACACGGGCGAGAAGCCGUUCCGAUGCACCCAUGCCGGCUGCGGGAAGAGUUUCAGCGUCCGGAGCAAUAUGAAGCGGCACGAGCGGGGGUGUCAUCCUGCUCGGUCUUUGGUGUGAUUUUAUUUCUACGGAUGCGUUACUUCGGCAUGAAUUCAAAAUCCGCUACAUUAUCCCCAUAUUCAGGGAAUCACACCGAGAGAGAAUAACGAUACGGCUACUCCGGACGAAACCCGUGCGGCAACUGAACAUUGAACCCGCUCGUGCAGGUCGCGACGAACUUGCGAUGCCGAUUUUGCUCGUAUCUUACGUUUGAUUUGAUCGAUCAGACAAACUCAUAUAUCGACAGACACAGCAAGGACCUGGUCUAGUCUUCACUUCGACUACAUCUACCAUACUUCUCGUACAUACAUUUUUCGUCACUUGACACAGACUGUAUAGAUCUUCUGGCUACCAGAGCCAGCCAGCUAGCUAGGCGCAACAAGACUACUACUGGAUGGGUUGAAUGGAUUCCCAGUGUCCAUGGAUUAGGUAUUCCUCGGAGUUAUUUUAUUGGAUGGGAUGAAUUGAAUCGAAUUGGCUUCAUGGAAAGUUCAAACGACUGGUUUCAUUAGAACUUAAAAGUGCAUACAUAUAUCUUACGAUACAUAUAUACAUUGUCAGCCAAUAUGUAUCAUUUGAAU